CUUGGCCACUGGUGGACUCCUGAUGAAAGUCCUCAUGGUGGUUACUAUUCAGGAUCCGAGAUAAAACGUUUGAAAAUGCGAUUUAAAGUGUACUGGAAAUCAUGAAGUCCACGUAAUGGAAUGUUUUAAAAUUUAACCAUUCGAGUGAUUUCGUGUUCCAGAGCACGUAGCACAAUUCCAUUUAGUGUUAAGAAAAUCGAAAUUUAAAAUGGAAAGAGCAAAUUUCUUUAAAACUGCUUAUGUAAUUCCAAGAGUUAUGCAACUGGUACUUGCCAUUGCUGGCAUCGUUUCAACUGAAGAAAAGACAUUUUGUCCUAUACGAAACAGGAAAAUUCAACCUUCAUACACAUUCUUCGAAUCUGUUUGCGUAUCCACUUUAGUCGUUACGAUACUAUUCUUAAUACUAUCCUACUUUCACAUCUUUGAGCAACUUAAUACCUAUUUUAACUCGAGAAUUUUGAUGUUUGUGAUUGAUGCAAUAUUCAUUGUACUGUAUGUUUUAUCUAGUGUUUAUCUAAUCAACUUAACUAAAAAUCCAAAGUACAUGAAUACAGUAAUUGUUGCAUCUGUUCUCUCAGUAUUGAGUGUUAUAUUAUCCUUCUACUCUGCUCUGACUAAUAUUCAACGGUUGACGUCGGUAUUCUGCCAUUCUCGAGACAUUGAAGGUUAAUUUCCAUAAAAAUACUAUUACAAUGAUUAAUAAAGAAUGUUUUUCACUAA